AUGCGACGAACGUCGGUAUCCCAGCCGACGAAACAAAAGCCUAUCACCGCCCACGAUCCCCACGAGAAGCCUGCCCGCUACUCCCCCAGUAACCCGAAGAAACCGACCUUGUUGGUCAAGAUGCAGUCCGCCUGGGGCUCCCAAUCGCAACGCGCCCGUUACUUCAAGACGGGCGCCAUUGUCUUUGUUCUCUUCAUUCUCUUCUACUACCUCUCCCCGUCCGGCGUCGACCUUGCGAACCCCAACAGCCACGCCAGCGGCCAGCCUGGCCAGAAGCCCGUUGACCCCGCCCUCGGUACUGAAAAGUGCACGCGCGCCUACUCCAAGGACAAGCCGCUCAUCCAAUAUGUGCUCAUGAUCGACGCCGGCAGCACCGGCUCUCGUAUCCACGUCUACAAGUUCAACAAUUGCGGUCCCGCCCCUGAGCUCGAAGCUGAGGUGCUGUUCAAGCAGACUGCCAAGAUUGAGGGCCAGAGCAGCGGUCUCAGCGCCUACAAGGACGAUCCUGAAGCCGCUGCCCGUAGCUUGGACCAGCUCCUGGACGAGGCCGUCAAGGUCGUGCCCGAAAAACUGCAGGGCUGCAGCCCGAUCGCGGUAAAGGCCACGGCCGGCCUGCGGCUCAUCGGCCCCGAGAAGUCCCAGAAGAUCCUCGAGGCGGUCCGCAACCGUCUUGAGACGAAGUACCCCUUCCCCGUUGUCUCUCGUGAAGAGAACGGCGUAGCGAUCAUGGACGGCUCGGACGAGGGUGUGUAUGCCUGGAUCACGACCAACUACCUGCUCGGAAAGAUUGGCGGCCCCGACCCAGACGAAACAGCCGCAGUGUUCGAUCUUGGCGGCGGCUCUACUCAAAUCGUCUUCCAGCCCAGCUUCGAGGGCCUCAAGUCCGGCGGCAUGCCCGACAAGCUCGCCGACGGUGACCACAAGUACGAGCUCGACUUCGGCGGCCGCAAGUUCACGCUCUACCAGCACUCCCACCUGGGCUACGGCCUGAUGUCCGCCCGCGAAGCUAUCCUGGCCACUCUCCUCGCCGACCUGCACGAAGCGCACAAGGCCUCCGGCUCGACGGAGUGGAUCCACAAGCAGCCCAUUGUCAACCCAUGCUACAGUGCCGGCAUGUCUAAGGUGGCCAAGGUGCCCAUCCCCUCAGACCAUCCCCUCGCUGCGCUCGCGACCAACGGCAAGCUGGAAGUUAACAUGACCGGCCCGGAGGUUGGCGCCCCGGCACAAUGCCGUAGCCUUGCCGAGCGUAUUCUCAAGAAAGAUGCUCCCUGCACGCUGACGCCAUGCUCUUUCAAUGGCGUGCACCAGCCAAGCAUCGCGAAAACCUUCGCCCGCGAGCCAGUGUACUUCCUGUCGUACUUCUACGACAGGACCCAGCCGCUCGGCAUGCCGUCGUCCUUUACCCUGCGGGAGAUGGCAGACCUGGCAGCGCGAGUGUGCGGUGGCAAGAAGGAGUGGGAUGUUUUCACUAGCAUUCCAGGCGCCAUGGAGGAGCUGAGCGAUAGGCCGGAGCAUUGUAUGGAUUUGAACUUCAUGGUCGCGUUGACGCAUACUGGGUAUGAGAUGCCGAUUGAUAGAGAGGUGAGAAUCGCGAAGCAGAUUAAGGGAAAUGAGCUUGGGUGGUGCUUGGGGGCAAGCUUGCCGCUUCUGUCUAAGGGAUCGGGUUGGCAGUGCAAGGUGAAGGAGAUUCAUUAA